CUAGCCGCCAGAUUUGACAUAGGAGCAGUCCGAGGAUCAUAUCUCAGCACCCAGAACGAAUUAAGCAACAAACUCAACUGCAAUGGAAACUACACUCAUCAGGGUCUCACGUCGAAUUGGAAUCAUGUCCAAAGCUUCUCAUAUGAAAGAGUUAUGGAUUCUACAAGUCAGGUGAUCCUCUGUGUGCUUUGUUUGAAUUUUUCUGAGUUCAGAAAAUCUCAAUCCUAUCUAUGGCGACCAGGUGAGCAUGCUAAGGUAAUUGAUCAUGUUUUCAAGAAUUAUUUUAGUAUUGAUUACACAGAUAUAAUGCACUUGUUUUUGUCAAAAGAGCCAUGUGCAGAUUAUAAGGAAGCUUGGAAACAUACAAGGAGAAAGAACAAGCAUGAGGAAGAUAAGAGAUUCAAACCACCUGAUCUGGAUCAGCAUAACCAUGAAAAUAUCCCUUGUUUUAUCCUCAUCAAAGAAGCUCCCCCAGAUGCAGCCUACAAUCCAAGACCGAGCAAAAACCGAUUUGGGAUAAGACUCUUACUCUUUGAUAAAUUUUCAUUUGCUAACUUGUUGUGUCUCAAUGAGUUUGAAUCAGGUUUUAGGUAUGCAUCAGGAGUAUGGAGAACCCAACAGAUCAGUUCCUUCUACAUUACAGAACCAAUCAGCAACAAUGCCUAUCAAAGAGUCUUGCAAGGUAAAACAGAUUUGAGGACAAAUCUUUUUCAAGAGAGAGGGAAUGAUAUGAUUCUGGACCAGCUUACCAAUGAAGAAAAUGUGAUCAUGGACCAGCUUGUAGAUGAAGAUGCCCUAGCCAUUCCUGAAGGUCCCAACACUUGUUCCAGAUCAAAGAAACUCAAUGAAGCUGAUGGAGGAAUACUCAAGAUGUCAAGGAAGCAAGAAGAUUGUCUUGGUUGCAGCUUGAUCAACCAAGACACACUCACCACAAUUCAAGCUACUCCACCUUCAAGCUGAUCAUCAUCUAGGAAAGUAGCUUGUGUGUGCUCUUUUCCUAACCUUUGGUUUUGUCCCACUGGGUUUUCCAAAGGAAGGUUUUUAACGAGGCCACAAGUUUACUUUCACACCUCCUAGAUGAUGAUCCCGGACCAACCACAUUAUCUAUCUUAUGUUAUUUUUAUCCUAUGUUUUAUGUUUUGAAUAAUUUCGAAAACUUGGUCUUUGUUUAGUUUCCAAGGGAGCCUGUUCCCUUUAUUUUUAUUUCUAUUUUCGAGACCUUGUGCAUGUACAAGGGCCUCUCUUUAUAUUGUGGUCGUGACCCCCCUUUAUCAUUAAGCAAUCUUUUAUCAAAAACCCUUUUCUCU